CCAAGGCCGACCCCGGUCCGGUCGGCAUCCCAUCGGCAUCCCAUUUCUCUUCGUCUCUCUGACAAUUGCCGGACAUCCAUCACUUGUAUCCGCCUCUGAAGCAUGGAUUCGACCUCAUUCUGUUGUCCACAUGUGGGCUGUGGCCGAAGCUAUCGGCGUAGGGAACAUCUCAAUCGACACCUUGCUAGUCACGUUGCAAAAUCUGCUGCAGCGUGUCCGUACUGUGACAAGAGUUUCACCCGGAACGACACCCUUCGCCACCACAUCCGCCGCAAUCACUGCGACAAGAAGUUAGAUUCUUCGAGAACACGCGAAGCCUGCCACUACUGCCGAUCACGCAGGACUCGAUGCGACGGGCAAGCUCCAUGCGCACCGUGUCAGCAACGGGGGCUUGCAUGCUCCCUGCAAAGCUCGAAGACGCGAGACGAGAAAGUGAUUCUUGCGCCUCCAGACUCCUGUGGUAAUUUUGCGCCACGAGAUCCGCCUAUAACAGCCGGUCCCUUCAAAAUUCGCCCCUAUAUCGAUGCGUACUUCGAAAAGUUUCACCCUAGCUGGCCAUUCGUGCACCGCCCUACCUUGGAGUUGGUCCAGCAUCCUGACUUCCUGCACCACUCCGUCACGAUGGUCGGCCUGUGGGUCACCGGGGACAUCAAGCUGCAACAGGCUGCGAUGGAGCUUCAUGAGAAGCUGAGCUUGUCUAUCUAUCAACAGCGGGACAACUGGGAAAGUCCAGAUCCCUCCAAUCAGCACCACCCGUGGCCCAUGGCCACCUACCAAGGGAUUCUGUUGAACGUCAUCUUCGCGCUGCUUACCGCGAACUCGCACCCCGCCCACCUGCUAUUGACCCGUACACUCCCUCCACUUCAAGCCAGCCUUCUGCAGAGUCUCGUACAAACCUGUCGUCAUCAGGACAUGUUCUUCUACCCGGCCAUUCGCACCCAGUUCUCCCAGGUGACCGUUCCAGACGUCUAUGUCUGGCUGGCCAUUGAGGAAGUCAAGCGCUUCGCGCUAGCCUUGUACAGAGUGUGCUCCACGACGGAAGUUGAUUCUCCGAGUCGGCCCUGCGUUCUGUCGUUGACGGAGCUUCGGUUCGCGAUGCCAGAGCGCGAAGAGCUGUUUGAUGCAGGAACCCAUCUGGCGGCGAUGCUGGCCAAGGAGAAGUUGAUGAACUACGAUGAGAGAAAUAUGGAAGUGAAUUGGAUUUCUAAUUCUGCGAGACUGCUUUGUCGGGACGGUGUAGGUUUUGGGUGGGCUUGAGGUGGGGGUGUUGCCUACAAUACCAUUGGCUCGUCGCGAUAGAUGCAGGGGUAUGGAUGAAGCUUGUUGUCAUCCAUCACCACAGGACAAC